AAAGCACGCAUCUCACAACGAUAGCAGCUGCUCGGUUUCAGCAUCUGAGGCCAACAGCAAAAUCCCGUCGGGGGAUUUUAGAUGUGGCUGUCCCCCAGUGUGGACCAAUCUCGUCGUAACCCUGACAUGAACUGUAGAGUAGUCACGAUGGCAUAUGAUGCCGGGGUGGACAUCGCAGGACAGGGUUGUCUGGAAGCACGGCAAGAUAUUGGGUAAAUUUGCCCACGGUAGCACAUAAGGGAUACGGCUCCUUCUCCCUAUCUCUUACAUCACCUCUCAUUGAGCUGAGAAAUGAGAUCGGAGCCGGCAGCUAAUAUGCGGGGUGGCCAACAAGCCAGGGGCAGUCCUGUGACAGCUGUCUGUAUGCCACGCCCCUGCCUCGACCGCACAGUUCCGGGCGGGGACGUGUUCUGGAAGGCUUCGAUGCAGCUAGCUGUGUGCCCUUGGCUCGCCGAUUGCAGCCGAUUGCAGCGACUUGAAACUCGGACGGGCAGCGUCAGGCUGAGAGGAUCCUUGCCAGAUUGGCCAAUUUCAGGGCCGAAGGCUCCCAGGUCCUUGCGGUUCGCCCAAAGUGAGCACCUUGGAGAGAAGCCCUCAGCGUGGUAUUCCAGGGUCGGGCGAUGCGGGCGGACGGCGGCGAUACGAGGCCAUUGGGCGGGCGACGGAUCAGAGUUGAGCCAUGAGCACGCCCUCUGCGGCGCAGUGCUUGUCUUGUGCUGCAUCUCAGCCUGUUUCGAAACAUCCGAUCGCUGCCAGCCAGUCAAAACCCCCCAUGGACAGGCUCCUGGCUCUCUUGUUGCCAAAAACAGCUACGUUUCAGGGGAGACCCACAUCCCACUCUCACAUCACUUGCAGCCUAGAGGCGUGGAAGGGAAGGAUGGAGAGGAGGAGAGGGGAGGGGGGGUGGAAAUGCUGGUGGGCAGCAAGCGGGCGUGUGGUGGAAGUGCUUAGGUCUGGCAGCACGCACUUGCGGCUCUUGCAGACUAAUUAG